GGAAGAGCUUGAAGUCAGUUGAAUGUCAGGCUUGACACGGCGCUCCAAACGCAGCCACGAUGGGGGUAGGGCUCGCUUUGCUUGUGGCCCUGCUAGCGAUUUUCUUUUCGUUAUGUUUUUUGCUUGUCGUGGGGGUCAUUUAUUUUGAGUUUUCCAAUUCGGAGAUCCCAGCAGGGGUGGCAUGCCCCGGGAAGCUGAGGACCAUUCACUGCGUGACGAUCGGCAUUGCGAUUGUGGGGAGGAUCUUACAGAAUUUGGGAAUAUGCAGUCAGAUCGGCUUCACUCGCUACGUGAGGGAGAAACUUAUGGUUCGAGAACUAAGGGAAGAUCCGGCGCUUUUAAUAAAAAACCUGAAGUUUGAAGAUGUUCCGGUGAGAGUUUAUCAGCCAAAAUCGCCCUCUGCGGGUGGAAGGAAGGGCGUCUUAUUUUUCCACGGCGGAGGAUGGAUGUUCGGAAGCAUCGGCAAUUAUGAUGUUUUAUGCCGCUAUAUUGCGAAGGAAACAGAAUCGGUGGUGGUCUCCGUCGGAUAUCGCCUGGCACCGGAACACAGGUACCCGGCGCAGUACGAGGACUGUCUCAACUCUGCCGUUCAUUUCAUGAAGACCGCGGAGGACUAUGGCGUUGAUAGCUCCUCCAUCAUCAUAAGCGGGGACAGCGCAGGAGGAAACCUCACGGCUGCUGUUUGCCAAGCUCUCGUUGGCAGAACCGAUCUUCCAAAACCACUGGCCCAAGUGCUGAUAUACCCCAGCGUCCAAAUGGUGGACCUCAAUUUGCCUUCCUUCCAGCAGAACCGAGCCGUUCCGAUUUUAUACCGAGAACGAGCCGCCUUCUACAUGAUAAACUACGUAUGCGACGAUAUUUCUGUAAUCGAGGAUGUGUUGGACGGCGACCAUGUUCCCGUCGAUACAAAGUUAAACUUCAGGAAGUGGCUAAGCGCUGAUAAUAUUCCUGACCAAUUCAAAGCCCGCGGCUUUCAGCCUCGCGUUAUGUCUUCCCACGAUGAGGAUGUUUACGAGACAGUAAAAAAUGCUUUAGAGACGGCUUGUUCUCCAUUACUCGCCAACGACUCCGUAAUUCGUCUUUUACCCAAAGCUUAUAUAUUAACGUGCGAGUUCGAUGUCCUGCGGGAUGACGGAAUACUGUAUAAGAAAAGACUGGAGGACAAUGGGGUUGAUGUCACCUGGUACCACGUUAAGGAUGGCUUUCACGGUAUCGUCAGUUUCUUUGACAACGGGCUCCUUUCCUUUCCAUCUGGAAAGCUGGCUGUGGAUGACAUCGUUAACUUCAUAAAGAAUAUAGAUUAAUCGCCUACGCCACGUUUUCCGGAUGCUAGCGGUUGGAGUCGAAGUAUUUCUAUCUCAUGAUGUCAUGUUAAGUGCUGUGUUUGCUAACAAUUUGAAAAAUAA